AUGGCAACGACCCCACUGGCCUCUACAUACUUCGACUUCUACCCUGCUCCUCACCAUAAGCGAGCACGCUUAUUGGAUCAAUCCAGGGGAGGCCAAGCUUCAAAGUGGCUCCGAUGGAUGCGGACCAACGUCCUUAUGCCUCUGAACAAAAUUCCGGUGGUUUCUUCAUCCUUAGUCCCUCCGUGGAUUGAACUGCCUGGAGAUGUAACUGCCAAUAUUCUGCAGAGACUGGGGGCGGAGGAGGUGCUCAGAAGUGCGCAGGCAGUGUGUACUACAUGUUGGAAGGUUUCGAAGGAUCCACUCUUGUGGCGAGUCAUCGAUUUCUCAAACCCUAGGCAAGGCCUUUUCAACGACGAGUACAAUGCUAUGUGCCGCUGCGCAGUGGAUCGCAGUCAGGGACAACUGGUCGACCUCACCAUACAGUACUUCGGCGACAAUGCACUCAUGGACUACGUCGCCAAUCGGUAA